AUAUGUAACUCAGGACACAGUCAAAACUAGAAAAGCAUCCUCUCUCUUCAAAAAGCAAAACAAGUACGAUUGGAACUAAGGGUUUGAAACUGGUGGUGGGUAGUGAAAAAGAUAGCAUUUUGAGUUCAAGAACUCUUGAUUUCUCUCAUUUUUGAUGUGGGUUUUGUUGACUUGGCCCCUUUUCACCUCAAACUCUUGCUAAUUUAGUUGAUGAAAGAAGAUGCCUAGGCCAGGUCCAAGGCCUUAUGAGUGUGUGAGAAGGGCUUGGCAUAGUGAUAGGCACCAGCCCAUUAGAGGUUCUAUCAUUCAGCAGAUUUUCAGGGUUGUCAAUGGGAGACACUCUUCUGCUACUAAAGGGAACAGAGAGUGGCAGGAGAAGUUGCCUAUUGUUGUGUUCAAAGCUGAGGAAAUUAUGUACUCCAAGGCCAAUUCUGAGGUUGAAUAUAUGGAUCUUGAAACAAUAUGGGACCGGGUUAACGAGGCAAUUAACAUCAUUAUUCGGAGGGAUGAGAGUACUGAGACAGGGGACUUGUUGCCUCCUUGUGUUGAAGCUGCUCUCAAUCUUGGUUGUGUACCUGUAAGAGCUUCCAGAAGCCAGAGGCACAAUAAUCCUAGAACUUACCUCAGUAAUAGAACUCAAGAUACCUCUUCUCUACCCCCUAAGGUCCUGGAUAACCCAACUCAAGGGAGAAUCCCGACAUCACGCCCACUCCACUACGUUAAUCAGUCAACUGUGGAGAGGCCUGUUACUGUGAAUUUGAACAAUUUACAGUCAGAUUCUAACAGACUUGCAAUACAAAAUAAUAGAAGUGAGCCCACUUCUUCUGGCAAGUUUCCUGCUGCAUACGAGAAGUUUCCUUCUCGGAAAAAACAGUUUCUCUCUGUGGAAGCUAACACCUCAGCAAACGUUGGUCAUGUUUAUCCCUUGCAUUCUGGCACCCAUUUUCAACCCGAAGUCUCUUGGCCAGGCUUAAAAACCUCAAAUACUGUUAUCGUUGGAACCCCAGUUUAUCCGUUAGUCGAGCCUGUUAAAAGGGGUUUCUUUCAAAAUUUAUUCCCCCGUAAUGAGGAUGACAAUGCUUUAAGCAGAAUCACUCAUUUAGACUCCAGAAACAAGCAGCAGGAGGUAUUUGAGCAGACAGAAUGUGACUUAUCUUUGAGGCUGGGCCUCUUUUCAGACCCAUGCUUGAAUAGGGGCAAAGGUUUAGCUUCUGACAUCGACAUAGUGGGUCUACACAGUUCUCAUGAUAGGGGGCAACAAUAUGAUCUGAAUUCCACACAAAACAGAGAGCAUACUUUCUUUCCCACGGAGAGGCCUCAUAAUUACUUAGAGUUGUCUACCAGUAGUAGGAAUUUUGAGGGUCAAGUUCAGAACGCAGAGGUGGCUACUAGGAAACGCAGCAAUGUAGAAGAUGGACCAAUUUUCUGGCAACCAGAACCCACUGCAAACCAUUUUAGUGGUAGAAUGAGAUGGCCAGGUUUGUAGAUGAUCAGAACUCUAUUGUACCAUACAAUUUUUUUCCUUUUUGCUAAAGAGAACAAAAGUUUAGCCGGGCUUUUCAAUUAGUAUUUGAAGCAUCUUCCAAGGCCUUCUUCAUAAAAUUUUUGCCAAAUGUUUCUUCGGGAACUUAGCAUAUGUUUCAUCAGUUGUGUCUAAAUUUUUUGUGAUGCCUAAAUUAAAGUUUGAACAAACUGUGGCUACUAACUCAGUUUUAGUAACUGAAUUCUACUAGAAUUAGAUUGCAUUAUAUUAGUAAACAAAACAAAAUGCUUAAAGAAGCUCCAUUUAGUUGCGGAAGAGUGAAGCGGAGACGAACCAGGUGUAGAUAAAUUAUGAAAAACCUGUCAAUAACACCUGCUUUCUAAAUUUGAUGAGUGCGAGGUUUAAACAUUCAUACGGUGUCUGUGUACUCGUAAAAUUAAUGUGGUGUUCAGGUGAAUGGGAUGGAAUGAUCUAUAUGUGAAACAAAAUGUGAAGCUUAAAGGUUCAAGAGAAAGAUGAUUAGGCGAGUAAGUGAAAAUGCGAUAGGUGCAAGAGAAAGAUGAUUAGGCGAUAAGUACAUGACAGAUUGUCUCACUCAAUAUGAGGGACAACCAUAUAUUGGAGGUUUCUUCUUUAUAAGAGCAACCUUACUUAGGAUUAUUGUGCAAGGCAAGGCGGAAAAGGUCAAGACUAGAACUGUCAUAUUUAUAUAAUAGUCUAGUUUUGUUAGGACUAUUUUUCAUAUCAUUCAAGAAUUUUAUGUUUUAGUUUUUGAUUAUAACACGAACCUGGUUAUUUUACUUUUAUCUAUUUUGGUUUAAUCUUAUACACUGAAUCAGCUAGACACGGAUGGGGUAAAUGUUGUACAUUUAACCUCACCAAACUCUGAAUGUAUUUGAUUUGAUUUGGUCUUGGUAUGCUGUGGCUGAUGGUCACACAUUUUGAUUUGACCGAGAGAUAAAUUGAGUGCUAGAACGGUGAAACCAUGAAAAAUUUAUGUUUGAUUUGGUCUUGGUAGGAAGAUAAAAUGAGCAUUUGGUUGAAAUUAAGCUGUAGAAAUUUUAUUUUAUGAAUUUAUAAACGGUUUUUCUAUUGUGUGCCCAUAGGCACACACUAAACACCAAAAUUUAUGAAAUUGGAGGGUUUCUAUUGGCUUAUUUUCUUUAAUAAUGGUGGACCUCCUGUAGUUACAACAACCACACCAAUCAAAACCCUCCAUUUUUAUUAAUGUUAGUGCUUAGCAUGUACCAUGGGCACACACUAGCCAAAACGAUUUAUAAAAUAGUAAGGAGAAAGAGAUGAAUAUCAUGCAUACAUGUUUGUUCUCCCUCAUUUUGGUCAUUACCUUCCGUACGGGAACAUAUCACAUAAAAAAUCCUGUCAGCCAUUCUGUCGUUUGUUUAAUGUUGACCUUUUGAUCUAUAAUUGCAAUUGAGUUAGCUCCUCCACACAACUUGUGUGCAGUGCUUAUCUAAUAAGGCACACAUUGGGGAGGACAAUAGUCAUUACUCAAUGUAAUGUACCAUACUAAAGGCCCAUUUGUUUUGGUCUGAAUGAAUGCUUAAUGAGCUUAACCGUCUGAUCCAGGCCAUUCAUUUCGUUUGGUAAGUUUUUCUUUUAGUGCUGAGCGAAUCAUAUACUGCUGAGCGAUACCUUUCUCAAAUCCUGAAUUAUCAGUUCAGCAGUCCCUAAAAUCUAUAGCCAGCUAAUUUUGGGGCAGCCAUGUAUACUAUGGUGAUUUUUUUUAAUAUUCAUGAAUUAGCUAUUUCUUAUAUAUAAUUUGCAUGAGGUCAUUAAAAUUAUUUCUUAUUAUUUAUUAUUUUAUUUGAUAAAGUCUUUUUAUAACAUUUUUUCUUAAAAUUUAUCUAAUAAUUAUCAUAUCUAUAUAAUAGCAUAAUAAUAAUAAUAAUAAUAAUAAUAAUAAUAAUAAUAAUAGUUGAAGGACCCCUUAAAAAAACAGUUGAAGAACAUUUAUACAUGAGCUCAAACGAAUUUAUCUAUUUAAAUAACAAAAUUAUGGAAAAAAAACAUCAUUCAGACACUAUUAAAAUUUAUAUGCCAAACAAUAUUUAUCGUUCAUCAUUCAGAUAUUUUAUUGAUUCAGAUAUAUUAAUCAAUCAGACGUAACUUAUUCAGAUUUGCCAAAUGACCCUUAAGAUGCAUAUGUGAUCUGUUGCAGACUUGCAGUCGCAACUCGCACAUAACAGAAAAUUUACAUUUUGGCUAGCAUUUUGCUAUAGUAGGUCCAUUUAGGCCUGUCAAUGGAUCGGGUUCGGAUCGGAUCAGCCUAAAUUCAUAUCCAUAUCCAUUUAUUUUAUCGGAUCGGAUCGGGACCGGAUUUUUGACAGGCCGAUCCAUAUCCGGAUCCAUUAGGAUCACGGAUCACGGAUCGGAUAUCCGGAUCCAUUUAGUUUUUUUUGCUUAGAUUUAAAAAUAUUUUUAAAAAAAAUCAUGUCAGUGAUUCUUAAAGGAAGGAUAGGAUGAAAUGAAACGCCGUGAUCAAAGUAGCUUCUUACAUUUUUAUUCUAUUAAAAAUCACAAAUUAAGAGGCAAAUUAAACAAAGUGAUAGAAUUUUCAAGAUACCAAUACUAUUUGCUAUAACUUUACAACUCAUGCAUACUAGUUAAUUAAACGAUUAAUCAAACACAAUCACAACCCACGACUCACGACUCACGUAAAUAAUAUCCAGGGACUCCUAUAACUAAAAAUAACUACUGCAACUAAAAUAAUAUAAUAUAUUUAUUUAUUUAUAUUUAUUAUUAUAUAUAUUUAUUUAUAUAUAUUCUACCGGAUCGGGUCAUUAACGGAUCGGAUCAUCUUAAAUUCAUAUCCGCUCCAUUUAUAAUCGGAUUUCUCUCAUCGGAUCAAAUUUCGGAUCGAAUUUUUUUCGAUGAAUUCAUAUCCGCUAAAAAGGCCCCAGGUACCCAUUGACAGAUUUUGAAUGAGAUGUCUAAUUUAAUCUGUUUGGCUUGUGAUUUAGAACUAGUUCAAAUGCGUAUAUUUCAUUUGCUCCAUCAUAAAUGACAAUACGUAUUUUGCGGGUCGAAUUCAUGUCGGGUUGUCGGGUCUGCUUUAAAUUUAGCACCCCAGCAUGUAAGCUUGGACAUUAAUUCCAGUUAUGGGUGGCAAUAUUGGACCCAACCCGACACGAAUUCGACCCGCAAAAUACGAAUUCCAAUGAUACUUGAUCAGCAUUUCUGAGCAGGUUUUAUCUUUUCGGUCUUUCUAAUGUGUGCCCAAGGGCACACAAUAAGCACAAACUCUCAUGAAAAUGGCCUAUUUUGAUUGGUCAUUAACAUUUAUUACCUAUCCACCAAUCAAAAGCUAGUAUUCACAUGGAAGUUAGUGACUAUUGUGUGCCCUUGGGCACACCAUAGAAAAUUCGUUAUCUUUUUCUUGAGCUAAAUUUCGUGCCCUGUUAAUUUUAAAAAUAAAUAAAUCUCUCAAUUUCAAACUAACUCCAGAACCAAAACGGUUUUUUAGAGCGUAAUUGGCAAACAAACAGUUACUUUUAGGACUGAAUAAUAGUUGCGGACAUCUCAGAUGCUCUAUGCAUUUUGCUUCGUGGGCUGGACAUUAUAGCCAUAUAUGUUGGGCUUUUAGUGUAAGUGAUGUAGGUCUCGAUCGUAACCAGCUAAGAUUUGUCAUCACCUUUUACUAGCAAUAUGGGCCCUUUUCCCAAUUAGUUAUGCUUUCCAACAGAAGCCCAAUGGAACACAUUUCAGAAGUUCCCUCUGUCCUUCAGUCUCACAAAUAAUGGUCACCAGUAUGCGGUCCGAUAAUCAAGUUUUGACUUUAAACUAGUAAAAGUUAACAAAUUAUAAUUUCGAAUAAAUUAAGGAAUAUUUUUAAAUAAAUUAAAUAAUACGUCUCUCUUGAAUUCCAUGUAAUUGUGGUCAUGUUUAUAUCUUUGAAAAGUAAUAGUCUAUUAUUGUAAUAAGGUUGUCCACUUAAAAUGUGAUAGAAUGAGGAUAGUGGUACAAGAAUUUUAUUCUAAAUUAGAAGUGGAAAUGUUAUUUCCAGAGCUGUUUUCUUAUUUUCAGAGCAAAAAUGUAUGAAAAUACAAAAUUACCCUUAUAUUGAUUCUUUCCUAGGCUAUUAAUGUGCAUCUAGGGGGUUAGUUUUGUCUUUCAAUUUUUCUUUGCUUGCAAAUAUAAAAACAGCUCUGGACUUAGAAAUUCCUAGAAAGAUAGAAGAGUGAUGAGGGUUUCUCUCUCCUAGCUCUAUGCUCUCUUGUUCUCUUUAUGUUGUUGUCUUUCUAUUCGCUCUUUCUCCUCCCUCGUCAGAAUUUUAGUUGGAGAGAUGAAUAUUGAUUUGGGUUUCUCCAAAUCAAAAAUUGAAUCAGACCCGAUUAAAAGUAAUCAUAUGGGUAUAUGUAUAUAAUUGUCUGUAAUUAAUUGUAUGUGUGAUUGUGUUGUUGGUUGAUAAAGAACUAGCAUAAAAGCCCGUGCAAGGCACGGGCCUCUAUUUAAAUUCAUUUUUUACAGUAAUAUAUAUUACUCAAAAAGAAAAGUCAGAAAAAUGGUUGAAACUUUCAAUUUGAACAUGAAUUUUUAAAAAAUAAAAAGCUAAAUGAAAUUUUAAUGUAUAUCUAUGAUACAAAUAAUUAAAUAAAAACUCAGUUUAAUACCCUCCAACCCACAAAGUAAUAUACUUUACAAACCCCAGACUCUACAUCCAUUUAUCACUGACAUGUGAUUUUUAUUUGAAACAAUUCUAGACUAAAGCCGGUUUAUGUGAUUCACAAAAGAACAUAGACAGCUAGCUCUCCCAUUAUCUGCAAAAGAUAAAAUACAUGAACUAUAUCAGUAACAUUGCAUCACCAAAAAAUAUUCCCCUUGACAUCUUUUGCACCUACACAGUAACUAAAAGUAAACCUGCUCUGUACACAUGACUGGACCAGGACUCAGACCGUUUUAUUGAACUAUUUUUCAUAGAAUGUUGUAGAACAACAGAGCGGCUUCUUUCAUAAUCUUCUUUAAAAGGUACAAAGGUUUAACAUAAUUUACCCCCUCAGUUUUCUGUCACUGAGUGUCCUUAGGAUUCAUGUUCUUAAGCAGAUUCGUUGCAAAUUCCUUUCUCUCGUGCGGCACAAGUAGCUUCAAUGGGAUGAGUUGCAUAUCGAGCUUGUCAUGUCGCCCGACC